CGUCAAGUCAAAUCUCCAAAGUCCAAUCUGCUUGUUCAGCUUCUCAAUUGGGUUUAGGUCUAUGUUUUUACUAGGCCAUUUUAGCACAUAUCCUUCCCUUGUUGAGUUGGCUGAACUGGAGGAUGAACAUCUAGCCCCAACCUCAAGUCUUCUGCAACCUGCAACAGGUUUUCUUCCAGGAUUUUUCUGCAUUUUGCGUCAUUAACUUUGUCCAAGUUCCCCCCACAGCAUGAUGGGGCCAUCACCUUGCUUCACCAUAUGGCUGGUGUGUUUAAAAUAAUUAGCAGUUAGGAGGGUUUUUUUGUGUGUCAACCUCUCCUGCAAGAUUUACUCAAAGCGGACGUGUUUUGGCUUUCUUUCAACAAUUGCUUCCUCAUUGCAGUUUUCUUCCUUCUGCAAGCCAAACCACUGAGUGCACUGCAUGAUUGGAUCGAUGGUGCCAUGUCUUAUUUUGAUGCCGCAAACCGGAACAGAUGUUCGCUGUAACCGCUUCCACUUAGUUUGCUGGCUGGGUCUCGAUAGUCGAUGCACCUUGUCGCGUCGGUCCCCUCAACACGGCUGGAGAGGAUUCUGAUGCCCCGUGACUGGACCGAGACACCGCCGGGCUCCGGCGUCUUCCCCACAUCCAGUUUCUGGACUGCUGAAGGCUCCACAGCCAGCAGACUCCCGCAGCUUCUUUUUUUUAUUGCCAAGGUGAGGAAGAGCGGCAGGAGGAGGCGGAGAGGAGAGAGACAGACAGCAACAGCAGCAGCAGGAUCUUGGCGCAUUGGAGUUUAUGGAUUAUUGAGAAACGCGGAUCAAAUAUUCAUAAGGAUUUUUUUAAAAAAGAGGGAAAGCACAAGACGGGAUAGUGUAAGAGAUUCCCUGCAGUGAUUCACAUGCAGGAGCACCGCUGAUUGUUCAUCCAGCGUGUGCGCUCAGCGUGUUGGAGUGCGUGUGUGUGUGUGUUUGGAAAGGAGCCCCCCCGCUGCAGCACUUUCCUGCCGCACGGUCGGAGUGAUGCCACCGAGUUGCUGACGGACACCCGGCAGGUUCUCCGCACCCCGCCUCCCUUUCCUCCCCUCCUCCCGCACGGACGGACGCAUCGACCCCCUGCGAUCCCCACUAAUAUGCAAUGGUUUUUUGUGCAGAAGCAGACAGCUGCCGCGUACAGCCGACUUCACGCUAGCGCCGCCGCAUGCCUGACCGUCGCCGCCGCUCCUCUCCCCGCGCCGCGCGGCAGACGACGCCAUCUGAAGAGAAGCGCUCUGGGGCUUUUCGCGCCGCGGCGGCCGCGCGGCAGCAGUAGCAGUAGCGACUCUUCCUCCGCAGCUGAGGACCACCGGCCGCUGGGGCAGCAGGAGACGGAGAUCGACGAGACAACCGCCGCAGCGGUUGCGCUUUUCCAGCCGCACGGGGGCGACGUCGACGCGGAAUACGUGCGGCUGGUGGUCUCCGAGCUUGCGGGGAAAGCGGGCGAGAAUCCGGGCGAAGAGCUGGGCUUCCUGCUCUUACUUUUGUCUAUGGUGCAGAUCGGGGGCGCGCCGCACCGCCGAACUGAGCCCGACAGCUGGCCGGUUCUGCUGGCAUGCAAACAGGGGGGUGUAUCAGCCCCCAUGCGGUGGGUGAAUUUUAGGCUGCCGCAUCCGGAGCGCCUCUCUUUUUCCUUCUCCUCGUCUUCCUCCUCCUCUUCUUCCUCCCCCGUUUCGGCCAAAUCCAUGCGGUUUAUUUGGAACAACAUUUUCAGCAAAGGAUCGCAUAUGCUGCAGUGUCUUUGUGGCAGGAGCCUCAAGAAAACCAGUAACCCAACUGAACCACAACUGAAGGGCAUAGUGACCAGGUUGUUCUGCAGGCAAGGCUUCUAUCUCCAGAUGGGCCAGGAUGGAAGUCUGGACGGGACCAAAGAUGACAGCACCAACUCCUCUCUCUUCAACCUAAUUCCUGUGGGUCUGAGAGUCGUGGCCAUCCAAUCAGUGAAGACCGGUCUCUACAUCGCCAUGAACGGAGAGGGUCACCUUUACUCCUCGGAACUGUUUACACCUGAAUGCAAGUUUAAAGAGUCGGUGUUUGAGAACUACUACGUGAUCUACAGCUCCAUGCUGUACAGGCAGAAGGAGUCGGGCCGGGCGUGGUUUCUGGGCCUCAACAAAGAGGGACAAAUCAUGAAAGGCAACAGGGUGAAGAAGACUAAACCAGCUGCACAUUUCCUGCCUAAGCCCAUAGAAGUUGCAAUGUACCGUGAGCCGUCAUUGCACGAUGUAGGAGAGGCGGUGCCUAAACUCGCAGGGGGCCCGCCUUCUAAAAGCACAACCUGUGAGCCCGUGGUCAUGAAUGGCGGCAAACCAGUCAGCAAACCCAGUACGCAGUGUUCCAGCCUGGAAAAGUGAUGAAAAGUAUGGAAUCUGAUGACAGUAUUCGAUCAGUGUGGAGAAAGAAAAUAAAAGUAGGGAAGGACGUGUGCACUUCUGCACUGUUGUCUAAAAUCAUGAGCUCUUUAAAUCCCUCCCUUAUGUUCUUGCUUCUUUAUUUCUUGCUUUCACUCUUUUAUCUGCUUCCUUUCUUCUGUA